AUGCGUUCCUUUUGCGUCGCGUCUGCUCCAUAUCUUCGAGCAAAUUCUGUACGAUGGAUUUCUUCAAACCCGCCGUUGAAACCGAUUGCAUUUGCAUUUGAUAUUGAUGGUGUACUUAAACAAGGCCCAGUUGUUCUACCUGAAGCCAUACGCACUAUUCAAAUGCUCGAAGGUAAUAAUCCAUGGAAGAAAAAGGUACCCUACAUUUUUAUCACAAACAGUGGCGGUAAGGAUGAGAAAGUUCGCGCCAAUGAUCUUUCGAACGAUUUCCAAACUUCUGUGUCACCAAAACAAGUGGUCCAAGCUCAUACAGUGAUGCGCUCCCUCGUGGAUCAAUAUUCCGACAAGCCUAUUUUGAUGAUUGGUGGCCCCGAGCAUCCGGUGGGCUAUUCACGCCAAGUCCUUGAGGGCUACGGUUUCCGCCAAGUGUAUACUGUGCACGACCUGCAGGCGUAUGCGCCACCUUCGUUCCCGUACGCCAGUCUUCCAUCUGAUCAAAAAGAUGCUGUGAAAGUAGGUGUUUUUAUUCUAAUUUACCAGCGCGUUGAUUUUUCGAAAGUGAAUUUCGCUGCAAUCUUGGUUUUCCAUGAUAGUCGAGAAUGGGGUCGUGACAUCCAAUAUGCCAUUGAUAUUAUGCGCGCAGAUCAUGGCAUUUUUGGAACUGUUCUUACCAACAAGGAGCUCAAGUCCCGUUCCCCUGGAGCUUUUCGAAUUGCACUGGAAGCUGUUUACAGUAAAUUAACUGGCAAAGAUCUGCAUGCUCUGUCAUUCGGUAAGCCUGAGCUUUCGACCUACGAGUACGCAAAUGGUCUUCUCCAAGACAUGCUCCAAUCCUCUGAUACAGACAUUUCACAACCUAUGGCACCCGAAAACGUAUGGAUGAUUGGCGAUAACCCUUAUUCUGACAUUGCCGGUACGUUGACUUUUCUAAACACAGGUGCAAACAACUUCGGUUGGUCCUCCGCUUUAGUACGCACUGGUGUAUAUCGCGAUAUUGAGGGUCCUCCCGCUCAUAAACCGACCCUGGUAAUGGACAACGUUGAAAUCGCUGUUAGGACUAUCAUGAAAAACUCGUGGUCGUAG